GAAUAUAAAAUCUAUACUAGAAGAUGGUUUAUUGUGUUUGUAGUUUGUAUUGUCAACGCGGCGAAUGCUUUGCUAUGGAUAUGUUUUUCGCCUAUCACCAAUAUAACUAUAAAAUAUUACAAUAUAACUGAACUAGAUGUUAAUUUAUUAUCUCUAGUAUAUCUAGUAGCUUCUAUACCGUUUGGUUUCACAGCAUCCUGGUUACUCGACACGCUUGGACUCAGGAUUAGUAUUAUAUUAGCAGCCUGGUUGAAUGUCAUUGGUUCGUUAUUAAGAAAUUUAACAACGUUUGAUUUCAUCACGCCUGACGCCAAGUUUCCGGUGUUGUUGACCGGUCAGAUUCUGGCUGCGUGUGCUCAACCCUUCGUCAUGUUCUGUCCGACUAAAUUAGCUGCUGUUUGGUUUCCAGGAUCUCAGAGAGCCACUGCUAAUACUCUAGCUUCUAUGGCCAAUCCUCUUGGUAUUUUGCUGGCCAAUUUGAUGUCACCAAGAAUUGUUAAAACGGAAGAAGACAUGCCUACCAUGUUAUGGGUGUGUACUGGUAUAAGUGGGGUAGGAAUGGUGUUAGCUACAUUUGGUGUGUGGAGUUCUGGACCCCCCACCCCACCCAGUGCCAGUGCUGCAGAGCAAUCAGAACCAUUUUUUUCUGGUCUAAAAAAGCUAGUGAAGAUCAAAUCCUAUUGGUUGUUAUGGACAGUAUUUGGUGCGGGACUGGCAAUAUUUUCAGCUAAUACAACAUUUAUAGAACAAAUAUUAUGUCCUCGGGAUUAUAAUAACAAUUUUUCUGGUCUGUGUGGAGCGUUGAUGAUAGCAAUAGGAGCUCUAGGAGGAGCCAUAGCUGGUGUUUUUGUGGAUAAAACCAAGUUGUUUGAAGAAGUGAUAAAAAUGAGUUUUGGAUUUGCCACUCUAUUUGGGAUAUUUUUUACUUUAAUAAGUCGAUUAAGAGGCUACUCUAUAUUAACAGCUAUAGCAAUCUCUGGCUUUGGUUUUUUCGGCUUCGCUCUGUAUCCAGUCUGUAUGGAAAUGGCAGUCGAAAUCACGUAUCCAGUUGCCGAGGCGACGAGUUCUGGGUUUCUGUUCAUAUCAGGUCAGAUACAAGGAGUGGUAUUGAUACUAGUGGCCCAGUAUUUAGCUCAGCCAUUACCAGUGAAUGAAGUUGGGUUACCGUCGGCCUGUCUUACUAACAGUACCUCACCAGAUAAUCUUAAUAAAGACUGGACAGUGCCAAAUUUAUUUUUCAAUGGUAUUGCUGCCCUGGCUACUUUAGUUUUAAUAUUAUUUUUUAAACCAAACUAUCGGAGAAUGAGGGCGGAA